AAGGGGGGCCUUUGGUGCGUGCCCAGAAGAUGCCACCCUGGCCAGUUGCCCGUCUUGCCCUUAGCCAGUAACCGGCACUAAUUAUCCACAUUGUUUUGUUUGUUGUAGACAAAUGUUUUCACAUGCGACAGAACUGCAUACGAGUUUUAGCACUUACAAGAGGCAACAAUUCGGAAUUACACAGGCUGCAUCUUACUCGGAUAUCCUGAGUGUUCAGAGGUUUCUGUGGGUCUUCAGGAAAUCCUGGCUUAUUUACAUGUCUACCAGCAUGCUAGGGUAGGAGAUGGAACCAGAUUCUUCUCCCUAAAAACACCGAUCUUGCGAAAGUUGCAGGUUCUAACACAAAUGGGAAUCUUGCAGCUUUAAGCUCCCCUUCCCUCUCCGAAUAACGACACAAAGCUCCGCCUGCUCUGAGUCAAGGAUCACAUGAGUCAUAAAAGUUUGAUGUCCCAGCGAAAGUUUAGAACAAAGUGUAACAAAACUUAGCAUGAUGAAAAAGGGCUGAUUUGCUAUGCAUGGAAAAGUAGGCCGAUCUCGUGGAAGGAAAUUUGAGCGUGUCUGAGACUGGGAAAAUAGAUUUUAAAAUGUAAGUUUAUUUAUAGUAAAUAAACAUGCUUUAAAGCUAGUUUUUAUUCGCUUGUAGUUGUAUUUUUAUAGCCUAUUGCACGUAUUAAACACGACCGUUAUUGUAGAUGUAAAUUGCUUCUUUUUGACGUUCCUUUUAGAUAGUUAAAAAAAGUAUAAGUUUGUUUAUAUUAUAUAGCGCACUGCAACAAUCAAACAAAAAGAAAAAUCAAGGAUUUUGGGAGAAUUUUUGUAUGUUCUACUUGAGUUUUGCGUUUAAUCACAUUCAGUGCGUCGGUUUCCGAAAUAUCUGGAUUGACUUUUAAUCUUUUUCGCACGGAAUAAUUCUUUCGGAGACGAUGGAUCCGGGCCAACAUAACCCUCCAGUCGGUCAUCAAAUCGUCCACGUCCGGGGCGAUUCCGAGACCGAUUUGGAAGCGCUUUUCAAUGCUGUAAUGAACCCGAAAAAUGCGAGCGUCCCCCCUACGUUACCCAUGAGGAUGAGAAAGCUUCCAGAGUCCUUCUUCCAACAACCAGAUCCAAAGUCUCACUCCAGACAAGUGAGCACGGACGCCGGCACCUCUGGUGCUCUCACGCCACAGCACAUACGGGCUCACUCUUCCCCAGCAUCGCUCCAGCUUGGCUCCUUGUCUCCUGCAGCCUUGGCUGGCACUGCACCUCCUGCAUCCUCCUCGCAGCACCAUCGCCAAUCCUCCUAUGAAAUCCCCGAUGAUGUGCCUCUCCCGCCAGGGUGGGAGAUGGCAAAGACCUCCUCCGGACAGCGGUACUUUCUGAACCACUUGGAUAAAACUACCACCUGGCAGGACCCCCGAAAGGCAAUGUUACCGAUAAACCAGGCCGCUCCUUUGCCCGUCGUGAGCUCAGCCACUGGGCCGCUUCCUGAGGGUUGGGAACAGGCUAUUACCCCAGAGGGAGAGAUAUAUUACAUCAACCACAAAAACAAGAGCACGUCCUGGUUGGACCCACGACUUGACUCACGAAUCGUGCUGAGCUCACAGAGGGUCAGCCAGAGUACCCCCGAGAAGCUAACCAGCAAGAGUCAGAGCAGUGGGAUGAGUCAGGUGAGGAUUCAGCAGAUGCAGAUGAAGGAGAGACUGAGGCAUGAGCACCAAGAACUGCUGCGUCAGGCACAGACACAGGAACCUUCAGCAUUGAGGAACCAGAACCAUCUUGCAGCGGGCCUGGAGCAGGACGGCAGCGCCCCAAAUGCAGGUUCCUCCUCAGGCGUGUCGCAGGAUGCUAGGACCAUGACCACUAACGGCUCGGAUCCAUUUCUUAACAGUGGCACCUACCACUCCAGGGAUGAGAGCACAGACAGCGGUUUGAGCGUCAGCAGUUACAGUGUCCCCCGCACCCCGGACGACCUCCUCAACAGUGUGGAAGAGAUGGAGACAGGUGACUCUGCUGCUGUAACUCCCACGGCAACACAACACAGCGUUUUUCCCGACUAUCUGGAUACCAUCCCUGGCACCAGCGUGGAUUUCGGCACCCUGGAGAGUGAGAGCAUGGCGAUGGAGAGCGAAGAGCUCAUGCCCAGCCUGCAGGAGGCGCUCAACUCUGACAUACUUAGUGACAUGGAGUCGGUGCUGGCUGCCGCCAAGUGCGAUAAGGAGAGCUUCCUAACAUGGCUAUAGAGAGAGGUAUGAACUGGCCUCCAGUUCCCCACAUCCAUUUAUGGCUAAACCCACAUCUUCACCAGAUUGCUGCCACAGCACCUCUGAAGAGCGCGAAAUCCCCCCCUCCCCAUGCCCCAACACCCGAAGACAUUUUGCAUUUGCAGUUGAAAGCAAAUUAUAGCAAAAUGAGAAACAUAACUGCAGAUCAAUUGUGGAGUGUGGAUCAUAAGUGUUUAUGUUUACUCACCUUAGAUAAUAUAACUUAGUACUAGUAGGUUCUACAGAACACAAACUUUUACUUAAUCUCUUUUCAUUUUUCUUUUUUAAUAUCUCUCUGUCUACUGCCAGAGAGUUUGGUUGGGAUAUAGGCUUUGGGUUUUAUUUUACGUCUGCUGCCGCAGUUCUUAGUUCCCAUGUCUCAUGUUAUUGCUUAUUAAUGAUAUACGAUCAUAUUCUUGUUGCAUUUUUAAAAUGUAACAAUUUCUGUGACUUUCUGUGACUGGAAUAUUGACUCUUAUUAUGAAGCCCUCAUUAAUUCUUCAGACAUUUUUAUGUUCAUCUCAUUUUAUCUCUGUUAAUUUUGCAUGUUACUUAAUGUUUGUCAUGUUCUCCUAAAAGAAUUUUAUUAUUAUUUUUCUAAUUCUUUCGUGUGUUCUUGUCUCAUUCACCUUUCCGUAUUUAGCAUUUACAUUGACUGGUGGGUAGAUAUUGGUGGAUGUCUUUAAAACCUUCCUCUGGUAACCUGCUGCUUCAGAGAUCUGUCACUUAUUGCUACCUUAGCUCCAUGUUUUUGACAAAUAAAACAGUCUUUCAGAGAGUUUUCCUUUAUGGUGAGGAAAAAGGUGAAAAGAGCUUUAUUUGCUCAGUGAAAUUGUAUUCACAUGACUUUCAUGGCUGUGCAGAUGUGUGCAGCUCUGUAUUUACAGAAAGACUAUGCAGAGGCCUGUGAGAGAAUUGAAAGAUGAUAUAAUAGUUAAUUAGCUGAGCUUCGAUGUUAGUUUUAUAACAACAUAUUAUCCUCAGGAUUUUUAUCUUGCUUUCCAAAGACGUUUUUUUUUUCCAUAGUGAAAUAGAACAACAACAAAUAUUUAUUGAUCUCAUAAGCUAACAAAUCAAUGUGCGGAUUUGUCUCUUUCAUUGUGUUGAAGCACAGAUCGUGUACUUCGUAGUUGGCACUCUAUGUCGGUAGCGUUAUAUGAACUUUUCUCACAAGAUGGCUGCAUUCAAUGUUUAAGUGUUUAGAGUCUGGAUAUAGUGUUAUAAAUGCACCAUCUAUUACAGUGUUUACAUUCCUGUCUUUUAAGGUGUAACGGUUUCUGUAUGUUAAAAAUUGCUAAGAAUAAUACUAAGUAUACUAAUUACAGUUGGAUGUUUACAAGGUGACAACACUAAUUGCUAUCAGUAGCUAGUGCAGUUUCCUCAAAGCCAGGCAUAGUAUGAAUAAACCAUUUGUUAUACUUAAUUGGAUGCAAAACAGCAGAAUCCCAUGUAAUAUGUGACUGUUUUUUGCACAUUUUGGAUUUUAUAAGAAAUUAAAUAAAUCCACAGCUGCCAAGGUGAAACGCAAUGAACAUUAUGCAUUAAGACUAUGAAUUUUCUACUUCUCAGUUAUUGUUGACUUUAGUUGUGGGAGAACUGGAGUUAAACAAUGUUACUACAAAUUCAUGUUUUAAUUUUUUUUAUACAGUGCUGGUUUUGCACAUUUCCAGAAAACAUUCACUUAACUGUUUUUGUCAUGAAAGCAUGCUUCUAUAAAUAGUAGUGAUAUUUACCAAAUAUACUAUGGAUUUUGUAUUUAAUGGAAACAGUAAUUUUAUGUUGAUGUCAUAGUGUCACUCUGUAGACAGAAAACACGUUUACUCACAACAUGGGUCUGUUUAAUUAUGUAAAACUCAUGGGUGGGUACGUUUGAUGGAAUUUUGAGGGAGUACUUCAUUAUUUCGAGAGAGUACUUCAUUAUUUCAAGAGAGUACUUCAUUGUAAUGUCACAGGCCAAAGGGAGUCAACUUCAUUGGACCUGUUCCCAUUUCUGCUAAUAGGAAGAUUUUUUUUUUACUAAUGUUGUCUCUAGAACCUUCUUCUAAUAAGUUUUUAAUAAAUCUUUGUUAAAAUACAUGGAUCUCAUAAUGCUGUUAAAUAUAUCAUCAUUUAUUGAUUCUAAA